CUAUGGCGGCUCGGGGGGCUAGGCUGCGGCUCAAGGGAAGCAGCGGCGGCGGCAGCGGCGGAGACUCGGCCAAGCUGCGGGAGGAGCCCCCGGGCCGAGAAGCGACGACUGCCUCUGAUCAGCGGACUGAGCCACCUGGGAGUAAAGCGGGACAAGUCUGGGCACCUGAAGGGUCCACUGCUUUCAAGUGCUUGAUCUCAGCUCGGUUCUGUGCUGCUCUCCUGAGUAAUAUUUCUGACUGUGAUGAAACAUUCAACUACUGGGAACCAAUGCACUACCUCGUCUAUGGGAAUGGAUUCCAAACAUGGGAAUAUUCCCCGGCUUAUGCAAUCCGAUCCUACGCUUACCUGUGGCUUCAUGCCUUGCCAGCUGCAUUUCAUGCAAAAGUCCUACAAACUAACAAGGUUCUCGUCUUUUACUUUUUGCGAUGUAUCCUGGCUUUUGCGAGCUCUGUUUGUGAGCUUUACUUUUAUAAGGCUGUGUGCAAGAAAUUUGGCCUCCACGUGAGUCGAUUGAUGCUGGCAUUUUUAGUUCUCAGCACUGGAAUGUUUUGCUCAUCAGCAGCUUUCCUUCCUAGCAGCUUCUGUAUGUAUACGACUGUGAUAGCUAUGACGGGCUGGUUCAUGGACAAGACCUCCAUUGCUGUGCUGGCAGUAGCCGCUGGGGCUAUCCUGGGAUGGCCCUUUAGUGCUGCUCUUGGGUUACCUAUUGCCUUUGAUUUGCUGGUCAUGAAACGAAGGUGGAAGAGUUUUCUUCACUGGUCAUUAAUGGCCAUAAUACUCUUUCUGGUACCUACAGUGGUCAUUGACAGCUACUACUAUGGGAAAUUGGUGAUCGCACCUCUCAACAUCGUUUUGUAUAAUGUUUUUACAGCCCAUGGACCUGAUCUUUAUGGCACAGAACCCUGGUAUUUCUAUUUAAUUAACGGGUUUCUGAAUUUCAAUGUGGCCUUUGUAUUGGCUCUUCUGGUCUUACCUCUGACUUCCCUCAUGGAGACCCUGUUGCAGAGAUUUCAUGUUCAGAAUUUAGGCCGUCCCUAUUGGCUUACCUUGUCUCCAAUGUAUAUUUGGAUCAUCAUCUUCUUUGCUCAGCCUCACAAAGAGGAGAGAUUUCUGUUCCCCAUAUACCCUCUUAUAUGCCUUUGUGGUGCUGUGGCUCUUUCUGCACUUCAGAAAUGUUAUCACUUUGUGUUUCAACGCUACCGCCUGGAACAUUACACCGUUUCUUCCAAUUGGUUGGCUUUAGGGACUGUCUUUCUCUUUGGGCUGCUAUCCCUGUCUCGAUCUGUGGCACUGUUCAGAGGAUAUCAUGGACCCCUUGAUUUGUAUCCUGAAUUCCACAGAAUUGCUACUGAUCCCGCUAUCCACACAGUCCCAGAAGGGAGGCCAGUGAACGUCUGUGUGGGCAAAGAGUGGUACCGAUAUCCCAGCAGCUUUCUUCUCCCUGAGAACUGGCAACUCCAGUUCAUUCCAUCAGAGUUCAGGGGCCAGUUGCCGAAACCUUUUGCCCAGGGACCACUGGCCACACGGAUUGUUCCCACUGACAUGAAUGACCAGAACCAAGAAGAAACAUCCAGAUAUGUUGACAUCAGCAAAUGCCAUUAUUUAGUGGAUUUAGAUACAGUAGCAGAAACUCCUCGGGAGCCUAGGUAUUCAUCCAACAGAGAAGAGUGGAUCAUCCUUGCUUACAAACCAUUCCUUGAUACUUCCAGAUCUUCAAAACUACUGCGAGCGUUCUACGUUCCUUUCCUGUCGGAAAAGCACACAGUGUAUGUAAAUUAUACGAUCCUCAAACCCCGGAAAGGAAAGCAAGCCAGGAAGAAGACUGGUGGUUAACAGCACACCUGUGGUCCCAAAGAACCAGCCAUUGCUGCUAACUAGUGGCUCCACGGCAUCAUUUCCUCCACUCAUCACUUGUAAUGCUCACAAUAAAGAUUUUCCAACAAGAAUACUGGAAUCCAGGUGCCUCAGGCUAUUCAAAGUUAAUUCCAUACUUGCAGUUUUUGCCUGUAUCUCUGUUCUGCUUCCAGAGUCUUGUGAACUGGAGCAGCGUGGGUUAUGCAGUGGAAGACUUCUGCUAUGAUACCUGUAAACAGAUUUUUUUCUGGCCAGUUAUAUUAUGAGACUGAAAAAAGAAUAAAUCUAACUGUCAGGAAGACUGGGAAAGCUGUGGACUGGUCGUCUCUGUUCAGUGGUUCUCUUCUGCCCUAGCCGAACACCAGGGAAAUCCUCAGCAACUCUCCUGCCUCUGGGGCUUCUCUGCCCAUGGCUGCUUGGCAUCUCCUUGGCAUCUCCUAGCACUCUUCCUUGUGCUUAUUCUCAGCAGUGGAAUCGGAACAACCAGAUACCCAUCCACAUGUCUUUGUUCCCCCCAGCAAAACCAAACUUCUGUUAAGUACUUCACAAGACCAGGAUGUCUGUCCUGGAGAUGUAGCUCAGGAAGGAGGCAGACUUUUGUGGAACUCUGACCUAAUUUUUAUUCUUUUGUAAUUACCCAUAAGUUCCAUUCUUUCAUUUCCUUUCUAAAGUGUGAAUUUAUGGAGUUUCUAUAAGUUGAAACAGUUUACCUUCCCUUGAAUGCUAAGUGAAUGGGGAAUAUUUGGGGAAAAGUGCCUAAUUUUAAUUCUCUGCAUGAUGUCAUUGUUUUAAGAAAUGUAUUUUGUAGAAUCCAUAGCAGACUCUGGAGGAAGUGAUUGAGAGAAAAAGUUUCUAGCAGACUCUAGACUCUAGCAGACUAGAGAGAAAGAAAA